UAAGGAACCAACAUUCGCUGCAUGGAACUCUACAGGCAAACAACACAGUCGGAUCACCUUAAAAAACCCUGUGUGAGAAACCAGAAACUCCAGUUCACAGUUGGAAAAUCUCGUCGCUGUUUCCCAGACGCAGGAAAACAUCCAGCUUCCUCUUGCAGGUGCUCCCCAGGUUCGUCACGAUGCAUAAAUCCCAGAGGUGCCCAGAUGCAGUGUUCUACAAACCAGUCGGAAACGUGACAGAAGUCAGGUCUGGGUAUCUGUUCAAGUCUCCUCCCGCCAAACAAUUGAGGACAGAGAAAUCGUGGAAGAGGAGAUACUUCGUGCUGUUCAAAGUCAGCAGCGAUGAACAUCAGCUGAAGUACUUCAGGAGUGCGGAGGGAAAGGAGAAGCCACUCGGGGGGAUAGAUUUGGAACAUAUCUCACUGUUGUACGUGAGCCCGCAGCAGCACCAGAAAUGGGAAUGGAUCCAGAAGAUCUUCAAGUGCUCCCCGUCCUGCGUGCUCUACAUCUGUGCCGCCGGGCGGGACUACUUCCUGGUCGGGGAGAACAGUGACGAAGUGGACCAGUGGUUCUCUGUCCUGUAUGACGCCCUGAAAAACCGGUCACAUAAAUUAUUGAGUUCCGAGGAUGUUUCAAAACCAAUUAUGAGGAAAAACAAUUCAGCCAUUGUGUCUGAAAAGCAGAGUGAAGAUUGCUCCAAGAGACGUGUAUCAGAACCCAUGAAUCCGAUCUAUGAGUACCCGAGAUACAACUUCCGCCAAAACCAGGUCGAGGAAAAUGGUUCGACCCACAGCAUGGAGUGUCCAUAUGAAACGAUGCAGGGACUUAGACACGAUGAGGGCCGUGAAGUUAACCCGCCUGGGACCCUGAUGAGGUCUGUCACUCAGGUCUUUGACAAACAUAAGACCCAGAUUUCGCCGUUGAGUGAGGAGACACAAGCUGACGACAGGGAAGACACGCAUCCUUCAGAUGUCAGCAGCAGCAGCAGCAGCAGCAGCAGCAGCAGCUCCCCUGUAGAGAUGCUGGAGAGUCGUAAUGUGCUCACCCUGGAGAAGCAAACCUCCACGGAGAGUCUCAACCACACCAUCCCAGAGGAAAGAGAUAUUGAGGUCAAGCAGGCAGAUUUGAAAAAGCACCUGACACUAACAGAGGUGGAUGGGAAACCAAGUGUGUCUGGGUGGACAGGCCAGCCACAGACGGUGUGUCUCUUCCACAAAGGAGACCAAGUACUGGCAAUCAAUGACCUGCACAUCGACAGCGUGACAGAGUUCAACAGUUACGUGAGCAAGUCGCUGAAGAGUGAGGUGAAACUCACUAUCCUGCGUCUCCCUGGACAUCUGCCUCUGCAUUCCACAAACUGCCCCUGCAACGGCUGACGGAAAAAACUGACCAGUAGAGAUGGAGCCACUUCUACUCGUGUGUCUGGGUGUGUUUAGAAGACUCUUUUAGGCGCCUUGUGCCUAUAGCUGGGUUUGUACCAUGUAGAUCACAGUAUUUUUCCAGGGUUUUGGUCAUUUCCUAUUGACCUGUCCCCCGUCUAGUUAAUGACUUUAAAUAUCUACAAGAGCCUGAAGUGAAGGUAAAUAUGACAAAUGAAGGAUGUUAUUAUUAUUCUACCAAUCUCACACACACCUGUACCUCAGGAAUCUUUAAAAAGAGAUAAAUACUUAUUGAAUAUAGAGCUGGUGGUCGGUAAGAACACUUCUAAGAGGAAGUGGUUAUUACACCUCAUUUAGUAAAGAGAGGCAAUAAAAGCAUUUGUGAUUCAUAUAUUAGAACAGACUGGGAAAACGGGUUAACUAUUGAACUGUGCCCUAUAGGUCUGAUCUUAAUUUCACAAAUCACUGAUUAUGUUGUAAGGAAAAGAAUCACUUCCUACUUGUACAGAUGAUUUUCCUUUUUGUUUACUAUCUGUGUGUCUGUUUUGGGCAAAUUUGUAUUAUAUGAUAAAUACUGUACAUAUAGUAUCUGAAACACAGCUUAUGGAAACGUUUGUUUGAUGCUGGAAUUGUAAAAAGAUAAUGUUGUGCUUGGAAGGAAAACCAAACAAAAGCUUCUAGACCCAAAGUUCGUUGUGUACGUGAGAUUAAAAUGAAGUGCAAGACACGUAGUGCAAUUUUUUUUAAUUCUUUAUGUUAAAUUGUCUCCUAUGUUCACGCAAGUUUUUAACUUAACCUUUUUUUAUCUUGAAAAUACUUGGGGAUGAAUAACAAAAGAAAAAAGACGUAGGAACCGACCAGUGUUUCGUGACGUCCGCACCUCGGGCCGAGAGUCUUGGGGAAGCUGUUUUUUCCUUAUGUAGUUCAUGUCUAGUGACCGAUACCUCUCACGAACAAAGACAACAUCAAGUGGACAAUAUCUGCAGGGCCUGUGUAUUAGAAGUGCUGCACAGCAUUUAUAUUUUAAAUGCCUUUUUAAUAUAUAGGUCCAAUGACCAGUGUCCCCAGAGAGCAAGGACAAAGCCUGUACACUUAGAUUACAUUCACACCACUGCUCCCCUCAGGGUAAUGAAUCCAUCAUUCCAAGGUUAACGUUUCAACUUUUAAUGGAGCUAUUGCACAGAUGUGAGAAAAAGCACAUUUAUUUUUGAACAUCCAUUCUGAACUGUGAUAUUAAAGCUGUGCUCGAUGACUAAUUCACUCUCUUGUAAAUAAAUCCAUCCUUUUGAGUGUGUUACAAAAGCAGGUUGUACUGGGACAAUAAAUCUGUUGAAAUGAUUCUGAAUAAAAUUUGGACCAGAUUGUUAAAACACUGA